GUAAUAUAUUUACACAUACGUCCCGAGUGACAGUUUGAAUGGUGGACCCGUAACCUAGUGGACAACUACAGUGACCAUGAGCGGGACCCUUCCCGAUUACUCCGGACUAGUCCGAUGGACGAUCAACGAUGUUGGACAGUGGUUGUCAUCGAACGCAUUUCCCGAAUUUUGUCGAAGCUUCAGAGAGGCUGGGAUAGAUGGUGUGAAGUUUGUGGAGUUGGAUGAAACAGAGUUGAACCGGUUGAGAACACCAAUGAAUAAAAGAAGCAAAUUGAUGACCAUUAUCAAGAGCAUAAAGAAACCAGAUCUUUCAGGGUCUGGUAAGAUAAGGCGGCUACUCAGACACAAGUCUGUCCGUGUUGCAGACUUUAUGUCACAAAAAUCAGUAAAAAUCACCGGGUUUGUGUCCGAGUCGUUUACAAGAGUACAGAAUAUCAUCCGGCCACCUGUGAGUCCACAUGUCCCCAUGAGGGAUUAUAACCAGAAGACUGCCCCACCAAUAGACAGUGAUUCUGGAUCUGGCUCAGAUGACGACUAUGAAUGGGCAGACAGUGACUUUGAGGAUGAACAUGAUGAUGGCGGACGCGGACAUAUUCGGGAGGAGGAGGCUGACUAUCUAUUGUUAGUGGAUGACCCACAAUCACAAAAUACGGUCAGGUAUCGGACUCUUCAGAGGAGGAACCAGACAACUCAGGAAGACUCGGACUCGAGUCCCGACGACGACUAUGAAAACACAAAGGAACCAAUAGCACCACCUGUUCCCGGCCGUGAAGCUGCCAAGGAAAAGUUUUCCGUUGCUAACUUAAAAACAGCACUGAUUGACUUUAAACAAAGUUCUAUCAGACAGAAAGGACGACCAGAUAACCAAGACGGUCCUGAUGAGGAUUAUGAUCAACCAGAUGUAAAAAAGCUGCCCCCUGCAAGUCGCCCGGGACGAACUGCACCCCAGGUGUCUUCUCAGCCAACCCUGCCAUCCCGUCCUGGACGAAGAGGUCCACAAGCCCCACCACCAGAGAUUGAACAGCCAACUUACGAGGAGACUGAUGAUGCUGAGCCGCCACUGCCAUCCCGUCCUGGUCGACGAGCACAGCCUGCCCCACCAGUAGAACAGCCUCCCCUGUCCCGUCCCGGCCGACGAGCCCAGCCAGUCCCACCCCCACAAGACGAACAGGAUGUAUAUGAGGAUCCCGACAAUCCCACAUCACAGCCUCCGCCCCCUCCACGGGCCGGAAAACGUGUCAUGCCACCUCCGCCAUCACAGAAUACUCGCAGACCUCCCGUCAAUGAGCCAGAGGAAUUUUACGAGGUUCCAAGUGACCUACCAGAGGCUCCUAAACCUCCUAUUGAUGACCAGCCAACCUAUGAGGAGCUCGGUGAAGAGGAGCAGACAAACAAAUCUAGCCAUAAAACUAAAACGCCGCCCGCUCGGCCUCAAGGAAAGAAUAAACAAACCAAGUCUGUUGCUCUGCCGCCAAGGGGUCGCUUAGCAACUCCAGAUGAUGAUAGUGAUGGCGAAGACUAUGAAAAACCUAACCAGCCCACAGCUCCAAUUCCAUCUCGAUUUCAAUCCCGACCUAAAGCAGGCCGUGUAUCUUCACCUGUAGAGGACCAGCCAGGAUAUAUGGACAUGCAAAACAAUGACUCCCAGGGGCUCAUUGAAGACGAUAUCUAUGUAAUACCUGAUGAAGAAAACGAGAAAAAGAAACCAUCAAAAGCAGCAGCUCCUCCCCCUGUGAACCGCAGUCUCCCCAAAACACCGGCCAACUCAGCAACACAGUUCAGACUACCAGCACGACAACAGGAACCUCCACCUGUCCCAAAGUCCAAUAAAAAGGAGCAUAAAAAGGAACCUGCUGUUGAAAAAACCCCGUCAAGGGGCCUUCCCCCACCCCCUAAAGGUGGAGCUCGACCCCUUCCCACAGUCCCUCCAGUGAACGACCAGUCUGAGGAUGAAGAUGAUUUAGAGGAGGACCUAAACUCAUAUGAUUGGUACAGAGGGACCAUGACCCGACAGGAAGGUGACAUGAAACUUAAACAGAACUGCCAAAAUGGUAUGUUUGCUAUAAGAGACUCCAGUAAAAAGAAGGAAGAUGGAGACCCGCGACCUUACACACUCAUGAUAUUUAAUGAUAACAAAGUCUACAACCUACCUAUACGGAAACGUAGAAAGGACGGCCAUUACGCCAUGGGAAAUCCUAAACCUAAAGAAGAGGCCUUCCCAAAACUGGCAGACUUAGUUGCUUUCUUCUCCAAAAGGAUGAUUGUAUUAGCUGGAAGUGGUCAGACACAUCUUAAGAUGCCAAUACCAUAGUAGGGACGGCCAAUUCUCCAUAUACUGUCAUGAUGGGAUUCAGUAGACCUUGAAAUUCAGUGGACCAUAAAGCUGCAGUUCAAUCAAUGUUAAAAGACAUGCUUAUUGGACCAUGCAUGUAUAACCUGCAGUUCAUUGGUCCUUGAAAGGAUGUUCAAUUGGACCAUACAUGAGAGAACUGUUCAGUGGUACAUCCUAGUGAAAAUGUUUUGUGAAUUACAAUUAAAAACAGUUUAGAGGUCUUUGGAACUGAUGGGCCAUAGAGGUCUUUGGAACUGAUGGGCCAUAGGCCAUAGAUCUGUAUUAAUUCAGAUGGAAAGUGAAGAAACAAUUCUGUGGACUAGGAAUGAAAGUGACCCAUUGAAAACGAAUAGCAUAGUGAAAAAUCAUGUUAUAUUUCAACAACAGGUGAAAUUUAAUUUCACAAAUCUGGAGUAUUUUUGAGGACAAAAUGAUUCAAUGGUCUAGGACAAUUGACAGCAUCCUAGAUGUGGUCAAACAGAACAGAUACAGGAUUUUGCCAAGUCCAGGUUCAACUUCAACUUCUGAUUUUUACUUAAUGCACAUAUAGCCCAUAUCAAAAAUAAUGUAUACACGAAUUUAAUAUUAAUUCACUCAUGGUUUAAAAGUGGGGUUCAAUUAGACACCUCAUCUCUUAUGGAUCUGUCACUCUAAGGGAUUUAAGGACCAUGUAGGAAAUGCUCAUGUGUUAGACAUUUUAAGGAAAAGUGGACAGUGACAUAUAAAAUAAUAAUAUGGUCAAUCAGUUGAUGAUCUAACAACAAGAAUGAUAUCCCAGUGGAAAAGACAGUAUUUUAAUGACAGAAUAUUAACUAGUGCUUCCUUUGUAUUAAAUCAUUUUUUAACAUCUGUACUCUACUAUACAUGUACUUGGAAAUUUAUGCUUGGCAGUAAUGUAUAGUUGUAUAAUUUUGUGGGGCAAAUAUUUCAUGGUUGUCCCAGUCAGAACUUGUUUACAGGUGUUAGAUUUUGUGCAACACCAACUUGUAAACAUUUUGCUGUAAACAAUUCCAUUAAUUUGUGUGUAUGUUCACGCUAUAUUCAAUUACUGAAAAUAUAACAAAACCCCCUCACAAAUAUUACACCAACUAUACAUUAAAUUAUACCUAUUACAUACAUCAUUUGAUUGUUCGUGUCAAUUUCAGCUGUAAAAAUGGUUUCAUCCGUGCUCAUGGUAUAUCUGUUUGUAUUUGUAAUGUUUAAAUGUCCUAAGCUAGCUCCUGUAAAUUAUUUCCAUGACAAGAUCUUUCAGUUUCUAGCGUUCUCAGUGAGUUAAGGUUUAUUAGAAUGACUGUAUGUGUGUUAGUGUGUGGAUCAGACUAUCAAUUACCGGUAUAUAUCAUGUAAUAUAUAUACAAAGUAAUACGUUAUACUUACUUACACUAUCAUACUCUCUAGCUGAGAGUCUAUACCACAAGUUUAUAUUCUGUUUUGUUUAUACACUGUAUUGUCAAUAGUUUAGGCCACCAGCCAUAUAGCUAUAGGAAUCUUAAUUGAUUUAAAGCUUACGUGAUUCUCUGACUGGGACGACAUCACUAAAUCAAAAUCUCAAAUAUUAUCAAUUUAUUUUUUUAACACGUACAUGUAAUAUAUGAGAUAGAUAUGGACCUAAAUAAAAUUUUAUUACAUUUUACUUCUAAUCAGUUAAGUCUCAAGUAUAGACUUUUAGAAAAGGUGACAUCAAUGUCAUUGCUGUCUAUCAACACCUUAAAAAGACCGGUUAAAUACCUGAUCAACCAGUUGUAUUACAAAUCUCAGGUUUAUUCCAUUUUUAGUAUUAUAUGUAUAUAUUUUUUAAUCCAGUGAAGAGGAUUAAAUAUUGAGACAAAAUAAACGUAAAAUACAUAUAAUCAUGCAUAUGUAUCCUGAAAUCAGACCUUGCCUGAUCAUAUCAUCAACACAUAUGGAAAUUUAAGAUUCUAUUAUUAGAACACAGAGCUAUUAAUAGAAACAUAGAAUUAAUUUCUCACUAAUGGAAAUAAUGUAUUCGAAAUAACACCUUCUGAUUCUAAUAUUGUCUAAAUUAAUCCUGUUUUAAUAUUACUACUUCAAAUCUUAGACAAACCAAUUCACAAUGCGAUAUUCUGUUUGGAUGAAUGAACUUUGCUGGUUUAAAGAUGAUUUCUGAUGAUGAAAUAUUGAAAUCUUCUUUUCAUGUAUAGGAAUCUGAUCGGGUCAUCUUUGGGUCCAUUAUAAUUUGUUACUGGAAUGAGAAACAUGUAUUUUGUAUAUGUUGUAUACAGUCUUUAUUUUUAUAAUGAAACAUUCCUACUUCGUGAGUUCCUUAAAUGUUAUGUAAAUUAAAGGUAAAUAAAACAUAUUUUUGCUACAUAUUUUAAUUGUGUAAACAAUUUUAGCCAUUUUAUGAUGAGUGUAUAAUAUUUGUUGUCGAGGAUCAAUCAUUUUGUUAAUUUAUGCAAUUUUUGUGUGUGCAUGCUUCUGGGAGACACUAGAUGGCAGCACCUAAAUACACUGUACCACACUGUAUUGUUACAGGAUUUCCUCACUUUAUUACCAUAUAUAUUGACCGAUAAGCCAUGUCUGGUAAUAAGCCCACCCACUUAUACAAUAAGCCUGUGUCUGGUAAUAAGGCCAUCCACUUAUACCAUAAGCCUGUGUCUGAUAAUAAGCCUGUGUCUGGUAAUAAGGCCACCCACUUAUACAAUAAGCCUGUGUCUGGUAAUAAGACCACCCACUUAUACAAUAAGCCUGUGUCUGGUAAUAAGGCCAUCCAUUUAUACCAUAAGCCUGUGUCUGAUAAUAAGCCUGUGUCUGGUAAUAAGGCCACCCACUUAUACAAUAAGCCUGUGUCUGGUAAUAAGACCACCCACUUAUACAAUAAGCCUGUGUCUGGUAAUAAGGCCACCCACUUAUACAAUAAGCCUGUGUCUGGUAAUAAUGCCACCCACUUCUAUAAUUGUAGACAGUAAAAUGUGAAUAAAUGAUGAGUCUGUGAAAAGCUGACCCGCUUCUUUGAGUAAAAGUUUAACAAUGUUUUGUCACCCUGGGCUUAUUACGAGAUAGAAAUGGUACAUUCUGUUAGGCAAAAAUACAAAAUCUUAAUAUUUGUGGAUAUAGCCAGACAGAGAAAUGUAUAACAAGAUAGACAAUUCCAUGAAUUCCAGAAAAGAUCUUAUCAAUGCGAGUAUGUAUGUGCUGUAUUAUAAUAGAUAUUAUUGUGAUGUUCAAUAUACACUGCUAUGCUACAUCAUGUUGUUGACAAUUGAUACUUCUGAGAUUAUGUUCAGUUUUGCCCUCUGCACCCCUGGGAUAUGUUGUUGCAAAUUCAAAGGCAUCAACAAGCUUUUUGAUUGGUGUGAAUCUGACCAAUCAUAAUUUAAUCAGUAAACCGAUCCAUUUCUGCGAAGAUUAUAGACAGCCAAGCUCAAAGCCAGACAAUUUAACGGUAUUGCCACCCGGAGAUAAUCUUUUGGUUUACAUCAAAAGAUCAACUAGUCUUGUUUUAUCCACAAGGUUGAUGAGCCUUCAAUUUUAAUUUGCCAUGACAGGUGAGCAGAAAGCAAAAGUGUACAUGUACAUACCCCGGUAGUAUCUAGGAUGAUCAUCGAAUUAGUCAAAGUAUUCUUACUUGACUGUAGAUUGUUUAUUUUCAAAUAAAUCACUGACAAAACAUU